CCCAGCCGUAAUGUUUGAUGUGGUGAAUGGCAUAAAGGAACAUGCAAACUGAUCCAAAUGUUUAUAAACCAAGGAUUCCUCUGGGACUCAGUGCCCUACUUUAUGUUUUUUUAAAACAUAGAGAGUCAAGCUUUGUUCAUACUUGAAUUGUGUACAUUGCAUUAGCCAUGCAAUUUAACUUUAACCCACAGGACUGCAAAGAAAAUUAGCUCAGCCUGCAGAACAACGAGACCGCGAGCAAGUAAGCACGUUAAUCGAAGUGAAAGGCUCACCCCUCACUUCUAGCUCUGUCCUUCUCCAGCCUGUGCCUGCCAGAUUAUCUCGGGUUCCUCGUGUUUGACUCGUCAAAGUGGCAGAAACAGGCUAAAAUGUUCACUGUGGAAAAGGGAUUUGCCUUUUAAAUUAAUGUUUGUGCACAUGCCCCGAGGAGGCUGAUGAGAAGCACGCAAUUUUUUUAAAUCAUAAGUGAAUGCAUACCCUUGCCACUAGUAAUCAUGACAAAGCUGAAGUAAUUCAGGCAUGAGCAUGGUUUUCUGAAAGUAUAAAACAGGAUUUACUAGUUGAGAAUGUCUGCAUAAACAAGCUCAUUGCUUUGAAUAUUUUCAACUAUAGUUCACAUUUGUUUAAUCCAAGCAGGUCUGGUAAACGUACCAUGUUUACUGAUUGUCUUGGAACAUCACAAAAUAAACCAAUACCUGGCUUUUAGGCUGGUUUUGACAGAGGGUGGACAGAGAACCCCACAAGGGGUUUGGAAACUGCCCUGGCAUCUGGCUUACAAGUACCAGUAUGGGACCUGACCACAUUCACCACCCUUCCCUGUAAAGGGAAUAGAACACUAUUUACUCAUCUCCUGGGAACCUAAUAUGGAUUACUGUUGUUGUCACUGUCAUUUAUUAUUCCCGACAGAGGAGGCAGACGACUUAGUUCUAUGUGGUCAGAGUUGAUUCCAUAACGUGUAUAUUUAGCCUACAUGAUAAUAAUUUGCGAGUACUUUUAAAUGAAUGUCUAGCUUUCAAACGUCAUUAAUGGGGAAUAUCUCAACAGACAUGAAGAGCAUUCAAUGCCUAGGUGUUUGCGUCAACCUCCUCCCACCCCACUCUAAGGACUCUGCUUCAUAGAUGACCGUAUAUUGAAUUGGUGCCUUAUAACUCAGCGUGAUCAUCUCUCUAAUUCUCGACCCCCAUGGUAAAGGAGGAAUUGGCCUAAGGACACUCCAUUCUAAUUUUCUGACGCUGUCAAUGCUAACCAGAGCUCAUAGAGCAAUGAUGUGGGGGUGGGGAAGAUGGUUCCACCAUUGGUGUGAGACCAGGAGCUACUGUUUUCGUUAGAGCCACAUUUAUUUCUGGAGUAGUUGUGGGAGAGAGAUGUACUCCAAAGAGAAGAGGACUCUCGCUAUGGUUCAGUUGAACCAAGACUCUGAGGCUGAUAUGCAAUGUCACUUACAACAUUAAUCAGAUACUGCAUUUAAGGUGAGCUGUCCCUUGCCUCCUCCUUCCCCAGUGCUCGUGUGCUGCAUGCAGUGCGUAUCUUGCUUCUGCGAGCCUAAGAUGGCAGGCAGGAUUAGCCGUGCUUGUGCUGUGUGUGCAUGCUGUGUCUAGAAUUCAUUACACGUUGCCUAGUAUUUCAGAUGUGAGUAUGUAAAUGCUCUGUAUGCCAUAUCAUCUGGUAGCGAAGACUUGUUUUUGCCUCAUUACAGCCAUAGAUACUUCAACAUCACCUUUCAUUUCCAAUUCAUUUGCUUCUGGAUGUUUGCUUUUCAUCACAUUCAAAAUAUGAUUUUACCUGUCUUUUUUUAACAAAACCAAAACCCCCCACAAACCCUAAAAACAAAAACAACAACUAAACUCUGCUACCAGAUGGUGUCUCUCCUUUCGUCGUGCAUUUGCUGUCUUUUAAAUAAUGUAUGUUGUAUUGUUAAUUAAUGUGAAUAUCAAAUUAAACACUUGAAACUUACAUAUUUAUUAUGCAGGUAGGAGGCAAGGUGGAUUCUAUUUUUAACUCUUAUGCACUCCAUCAUGUGCAAGCAACUUGGGUUCUCAAAUUUGUAUUUUCAAUGCUGGUAUCAGUGGUUUGAUUUUCAGCAAAUGUGACAGUGGCCUUUGCAGUGGUCAGCUCCGAGCUUUGAACUCUCAGAGGAGGAAGGGGAAAAAAAUUCAACACACCACCUCCUUGGUUGCAGUCUCAGAAAAACCUUGGAUGAGAAACUUCUUUUUUCAAUCCUGUUUUCCUGUUGAUAAAUUCAGUUCUAUGAUCACAGUUCAUUCAAGCUGUUCUGCGUAUGAUUUUUGUGUGUAUGUGACAAUUGCAUCUAAAACUUGUGAGCAAGAAGACAGAGAAAUCAGUUGGUCUCCAUCGCUUUACAUAAAAAUGGCUGAGUGUCUUGUCAUGCUAGCACUGCAUUAAGUGGUGCAUACAGAUCUUGAUGUGGAAGAAAUGGAGGACUCAGAACCAAGGAUUUCCAAGUGAUUUCUUCCAAAGCGCAGGAAUCUCACUCUGUUAAAGCUGGUCUGUUCUAACUGAGAUGACAGUCAUGUCCCUUUCCAGGGACCUCAAGGACGACUUUCACAGUGACACGGUGCUCUCCAUCUUAAAUGAGCAGCGCAUUCGGGGCAUUUUAUGCGAUGUCACUAUCAUUGUGGAAGAUACCAAAUUUAAAGCCCACAGCAAUGUGCUGGCAGCUUCAAGCCUGUAUUUUAAAAAUAUCUUCUGGAGCCAUACAAUCUGUAUUUCCAGCCACGUCCUGGAGCUGGACGAUCUCAAAGCUGAAGUGUUUACUGAAAUACUUAAUUAUAUCUACAGUUCCACAGUCGUUGUCAAGAGACAGGAAACAGUCACUGAUCUUGCAGCUGCAGGAAAAAAGCUGGGAAUAUCGUUCUUGGAAGACCUUACUGAUCGCAACUUCUCAAAUUCCCCGGGUCCCUAUGUAUUCUGUAUUACUGAAAAGGGAGUGGUUAAAGAAGAAAAAAACGAAAAAAGGCAUGAAGAACCAGCCAUCACUAAUGGGCCGAGGAUCACAAAUGCAUUUUCCAUCAUCGAAACAGAAAAUAGUAAUAACAUGUUUUCCCCGCUGGACUUGAGGGCAAGUUUCAAAAAGGUCUCCGACUCCAUGAGAACAGCUAGCCUUUGCCUGGAGAGGACGGACGUCUGCCACGAGGCAGAGCCUGUCCGCACACUCGCCGAGCACUCAUACGCUGUCUCUUCCGUAGCCGAGGCUUACAGAAGUCAGCCUGUACGUGAACCUGAUGGCAGUUCACCUGGUAACACAGGGAAAGAAAAUUGUGAAGCCCUUGCAGCGAAACCGAAAACCUGCCGGAAGCCAAAGACAUUCUCCAUACCACAGGAUUCUGAUUCAGCCCCAGAAAAUAUACCACCCCCUCCAGUAUCCAACUUAGAGGUUAAUCAAGAAAGAAGUCCACAGCCAGCUGCCGUUCUCACUCGUUCAAAGUCUCCAAACAAUGAAGGAGAUGUCCAUCUUUCCAGGGAAGAUGAAAAUCAAUCUUCUGAUGUUCCUGGGCCACCGGCAGCAGAGGUUCCACCUCUGGUGUACAAUUGUAGCUGCUGUUCCAAAGCCUUUGACAGCAGCACUCUGCUCAGUGCCCACAUGCAGCUUCACAAGCCAACCCAGGAGCCUUUAGUGUGCAAGUAUUGCAACAAACAAUUCACCACCCUGAACAGGUUGGAUCGGCAUGAACAGAUCUGCAUGAGGUCAAGCCACAUGCCCAUUCCUGGAGGAAACCAACGCUUUUUAGAAAACUAUCCUACCAUUGGACAAAAUGGAGGUUCAUUCACAGGUCCAGAACCUUUAUUAUCUGAAAAUAGGAUUGGUGAAUUUUCCAGUACUGGAAGUACUUUGCCAGACACGGACCACAUGGUUAAAUUUGUUAAUGGGCAAAUGCUCUAUAGUUGCGUUGUGUGCAAACGUAGUUAUGUGACCUUAUCUAGCCUCCGAAGACAUGCAAAUGUUCACUCCUGGAGAAGAACAUAUCCUUGCCAUUACUGCAACAAAGUAUUUGCAUUGGCUGAGUACAGGACAAGGCAUGAAAUUUGGCAUACGGGAGAAAGACGAUAUCAGUGCAUUUUCUGUCUCGAAACUUUCAUGACCUACUACAUACUCAAAAAUCAUCAGAAGUCUUUCCAUGCCAUCGAUCAUAGACUUUCCAUCAGUAAAAAAACAGCAAAUGGAGGCUUGAAGCCUAGUGUCUAUCCAUAUAAACUUUAUAGGCUACUGCCUAUGAAAUGCAAGCGAGCCCCUUAUAAGAGCUACCGAAAUUCUUCCUAUGAAAAUGCACGAGAAAACAGUCAAAUGAAUGAGUCUGCACCUGGUACCUAUGUUGUUCAGAAUCCACACAGCUCUGAAUUACCAACGCUGAAUUUCCAAGAUACUGUAAACACCCUGACCAACAGUCCAGCCAUCCCGUUGGAAACAUCUGCAUGUCAGGACAUACCCACUUCUGCCAAUGUAAAAAAUGCAGAGGGUACCAAAUGGGGAGAGGAGGCAUUGAAAAUUGAUCUUGACAAUAACUUUUAUUCAACUGAGGUGUCAGUUUCUUCCACUGAAAAUGCUGUCAGUUCUGACCUCCAGGCAGGGGAUGUACCUGUUUUAUCUUUGAGUAAUAGUGAGAAUGCCGCGUCUGUGAUCAGCUACAGUGGCUCUGCACCCUCGGUCAUUGUACACAGCAGCCAGUUUUCAUCAGUGAUCAUGCACAGCAAUGCCAUUGCUGCCAUGACCAGCAGCAACCACAGAGCCUUUUCAGACCCAGCUGUCAGUCAGUCCCUGAAAGAUGACAGUAAGCCCGAGCCAGAGAAAGUGGGUAGGUUUGCAAGCAGACCCAAAAGCAUUAAGGAGAAAAAGAAAACUACAUCACAUACCAGGGGAGAAAUACCGGAGGAGUCAAACUAUGUUGCUGAUCCUGGAGGAUCAUUGAGCAAAACCACAAAUAUUGCUGAAGAAACCAGUAAAAUUGAAACCUACAUUGCAAAACCUGCUCUGCCGGGAACCUCCACAAAUAGUAACGUUGCACCCCUUUGCCAGAUAACAGUGAAAAUUGGAAACGAAGCCAUUGUGAAAAGGCACAUUCUAGGAUCUAAACUGUUUUAUAAAAGAGGGAGAAGACCCAAGUAUCAGAUGCAGGAGGACACUUUGCCACAGGGGAAUGACCCAGAACCCAGUGGAGACAGCCCACUCGGGCUUUGCCAAUCCGAGUGCAUGGAGAUGAGUGAAGUGUUCGAUGACGCAAGUGACCAGGAUUCCACUGACAAACCGUGGCGCCCUUACUACAACUACAAACCCAAAAAGAAAUCCAGACAGUUGAGAAAAAUGAGGAAAGUCAACUGGAGGAAGGAGCACGGAAACAGGAGCCCGAGCCAUAAAUGUAAAUACCCAGCAGAACUGGAUUGCGCCGUGGGGAAGGCUCCUCAGGAUAAACCCUUUGAGGAAGAAGAAACUAAAGAGAUGCCCAAGCUGCAGUGUGAACUCUGUGAUGGAGACAAAGCAGUGGGGGCUGGAAACCAAGGAAGGCCCCACCGGCAUCUUACUUCUCGGCCAUAUGCCUGCGAGCUCUGCGCCAAGCAGUUCCAGAGCCCUUCCACACUCAAAAUGCACAUGAGAUGUCACACCGGGGAGAAGCCAUACCAGUGCAAGACCUGCGGACGGUGCUUUUCGGUGCAAGGAAACUUACAGAAACACGAACGCAUCCACCUGGGCUUGAAGGAGUUCAUCUGUCAGUAUUGCAACAAGGCAUUCACCUUGAAUGAGACCCUCAAAAUCCAUGAAAGAAUCCAUACUGGAGAAAAGCGUUACCACUGUCAGUUCUGCUUUCAGAGAUUUUUGUAUCUCUCCACCAAAAGGAAUCACGAGCAGAGGCAUAUUCGGGAGCAUAAUGGGAAGGGUUAUGCCUGCUUCCAGUGCCCCAAAAUUUGCAAAACAGCUGCUGCCCUUGGAAUGCACCAAAAGAAACACUUAUUCAAAAGCCCAAGUCAGCAGGAGAAAAUAGGUGACAUGUGCCACGAAAACUCAAAUCCCUUGGAGAAUCAACAUUUCAUUGAUUCAGAAGACAAUGACCAAAAGGAUAACAUACAAACCGGUGUGGAAAAUGUUGUCCUUUGAGUGGCAAGAGUUAGAAAAAUCUUCAAAAACAUAGUUGGUGGUUUUUUUUAGUUAUGAUUUAAGUUUAGUUUAAUUUUGUUCACAUGACAGUCAUGAAGGAGUUAAAUUAAAAAAAAAAAAAAAAAACUCAUUUGUGAAAAUUCCAGAAAAAGGAUCCUAAUAUCUACUUUGGGUUUUAGCAUUAACUUUAUGCAAAGUGCACAAAAACAAAAUAGCUGACUCCUCCAAUAUCCCAAGUUUCUUGUGAAAGUUAAUGAAGUUCUUAGCUGUGGUAUUUCUACCAGUGAAAAAAGGAGUUUAAUUUUCGCCUAGUUUAAAACUUUCUAAUAAUUGCUAAUAAGAACUGGCUGCUGAACUGUCUUUAGUCACUGGAGAAAAUAAGGGUCAGAUAUCCUGAAGAUGGCAUCUUCGUAAAUAUGUUACGUGGUAAUGAGCUGUGUGACGGUGUUUAUUCACUUCUGGCUUCUGCACUAUUAAAAUUUGUUUAAAUUAAUGGAUACACAUGAAAUACUUAAACAAUAUAACUGAAAUUAUGUGCAUAAUGAGUAACCUAAAGUAGGACAUUCAUACAUUAUGUAGAACUACUUUUCUGCAACACAAACCUUGUAAAAUACAUAUAUAAAUCACUAUAACUUUUAACUGUCCAUAUCCCCUGUAGAGAAUUAUGAGGAGCAAUAGAUCUGCAAAUAAUGAGGACUCAUGUAAAAAUCAAUAGAAAGCAUUUUGAAUAUGAUUUAAGAGCAUGUGAAUGCUUUUAGAUGGAAUGCUGUUCCCUUGAAGUUAUGGCUGAGCUGUUCUUAGAACUGGUCUACUCAAUUCACAGAAAACAUAGGUCAUGCCUUAUCUAUGGGGGAACACCCUCCCAGAAUUUACCUGUGAUUACCUUUGCUGCAUAUUACUUUGCAAUGGCCUCAUCUCAGAGAAUGAAAGAGGGUCACGUUCUUCUGAAACUCUCUGCAGUCUUCCAGCCACCACAAGGCCAUGGAUGUGGGGGUCUAUUCCAGACAGACUUAAAGGUUCAAGUGGAACCUGCCAUCUCCCAUUCCACUGAAGGACUAUCCAAGAGAUUUAGUGCAAGGUACACUGCAGUAGUGAAUUCCCAGGCACUUGAAAGUGACUGCCUAAUCCCUACAAUUACUAGCCUUCUUGGAGAUUAUGCAGCCCACAAGUACAGACUAGUAUAAAGCAAAAGGACAAAGGAACCCCCACCCUCCACCCCACCCAUUAAUGACUUGAGUGGGCAAGAAGAAGUGAUGGCCUUCCUUGCCUAAAAUAGUAGCUUUGUUUUUAGGGGAUGGGAAGGUAGGAUGUGGAGUGACAUGGUUCUAUCCUUUACUUAUGAGACUCAGAAAUAUAUCUACAAAGCCAGAUGCUCUGUCUUCAUAUUUGCAGGCAUCUAGACCCCUUGCUAAAAACCCAGUGAAGUUUUUUUUUAAUGUUCUUUGACCCACACCAUCAACAUUACCCUAAAAUCUAAUUGCCCUACAGCAUAUUCUAUCACGUGGACUAGGUUCCUGGAAAGCUGGAACUCAUGAUUCUUUUUUAAACUGCCAGAAUAGAAGGGAGAGAGAAAACAUUUCUACCCCUUUGAUCACCGGUGUGAACAGAAUCCGGAAUGCAGUUUCAGCGUGACCUGCAGUCAUUCAUGUUCAUUGGAUUUGACAGAUGGAAACCCAAGGUUAUCGAAGAUUGGAAGGUUAUCAUUGUGAAGAAGUAGCUCAAAGGACUCCGGUUUCUGUCUACAAGUGUGAUGUCUCCAUGAAGAAGACUUUGUAUGGAUUUGGGUGGGUAAGAAAGCAUUUAAACGCCCAGGAAAGGACAUGAUUAAAGUUGACCUUUUAAUACUGUAGUACCUUGCUGUUAAGUAACCCCACUAUUGUAUCUGCAUUUAUCUUUUGUUCAUCUACGUUCACUUACAUACAGUAUUAUAUAAGUAGAGAAAAAUGGGAAAAUGCAAGCAAAUUCAACUUUAUUUUAUACAUUGUAUAUAUGUAUACCCUACACUAUUCAUUUCGGUUUUAUUAAAGAGAUAGUCACAAAGGGCUUAUGAAAAUCAUUUUUGAAUUGAUAAUUAGAAUAUUGAAUAAGCAAUCCUAUGAUCCACUAAUUUGUUUUAUCAGUUACUAUGAAUCAAAGACAAUUACUGUGUAUUCUAGUCAUUUUGAUUUGAGUUAACCCCAAAUAUAAAAUUACCUGUAGUGAUGUCUCUCUCCCAGCCCUUAUAUGUGGAUAUUUUUUAAGUGGACUUGUAUGCUGAUAAUUCUAGACCAAAGUAAAUAUGGCAGAAUAUUUAUACAUGAAAAAAUAAUUUUGCAAAUAUUUUCUAUAAUUGUACUCAUUUAAAAUGUUGAUAGCUUGUGUUAGUUUCAGGGAGGGGUGUAUAUUUUGAUAAAAAAAAUACUUGACUUUGUAAUUCUGUAUAUUCUAUACAAUUUAUAGCAGAGCCGUUUUAAGACAGCCUUGUCACAUUUUUUUGUUAAUUGUGAAAAUUUUAUUGAGUGAUGUUUAAGUAUGCAUUGAGUACAUGACCAACUAGAAUUAAAGUAAGUGUAAACAGUGAACAUACUGUAUGCUGUACAAGAUAUAAUGUAACUUGCUGUUUUAGCAUCUGUAUUUUGGUUAGAAGAUAUUAUUAAAUGCAGAUGUUAAGGAUUGGAAAAGUCUAAUUUUAUUUUUAGAAAUAAUGGAUAUAAAUUUGUUUUUGCUUGAUUAAAAUAGCUUAUUCCUACAUUAAGUCUCUUUUUAAAUGUUUUAAUGUUAUUUCUUUUGUGCAGCUAUUUCAUCUGUGUGAGUCACAGCUUUGUUUCCACGUAUUAUUCAGUUUAUUUCUGUUUCCUUACUUGUUUAUAUUACGCGGUACCUACUUACAUGCUUAGGAGUCAAAUGGAUUAUGACAUUAGGAAAAAAAGCAGAAUAAAAGAGAUUGAAGCCUUCUGA